CCCACGGCCGGAGACCCCGGAGCACGGGAGCGGUACUCGAAAGUUGAAGCACCUUCUCUCUUCUCUCUGGUCUCUGCAUCGCUGCAGCUUGCAGCCUUUGCAGCUUUGCUUCUCUUUCUCUCUCCGACUCUCUCUUGCAGGCGCUGCUGACACGCUUUCCUAGGCUCCCUGCUCUCUCUCGCUUUCUCGCACCAAUGAGAAAACUGACCAAGAAGAGGAAGAAGAAAUAAAUGUGAGGGAAGGAGGGGGAGGAAAUGGGGGAGGUUGCAGAAGGCAGGGCCAGGGAGAGGUUCUUUCUUCUUUGUGCUCUACCGUGUGAGGCUGUGAGCCAUGGCGAGGCAGCUCCAGCUUCUCGGCGCCGCCAUUGCUCUGUUCGCUGGCUUCUCUUCCGUGGCUCCACUGGCAGAAGCAUAUGAUCCUCUUGAUCCAACAGGGAAUAUCACAAUCAAAUGGGAUAUCAUGCAGUGGACUCCAGAUGGCUAUGUUGCUGUUGUUUCCAUAUACAAUUACCAAAAAUACCGACAUAUCCAAGCACCUGGGUGGAAUCUUGGAUGGGUGUGGGCAAAGAAGGAGAUCAUUUGGGCCAUGGUUGGUGGGCAGGCCACAGAGCAAGGGGAUUGUUCUCAAUUCAAAGUCAAUAUACCACAUUGCUGCAAGAGGGAACCAACAAUUGUUGACUUGCUUCCUGGAACACCUUACAACAUGCAAAUUGCAAAUUAUUGCAAAGGAGGAGUUCUUAACUCAUGGGUGCAAGAUCCAGUCAGUGCUGUAGCGUCAUUUCAGAUCAGUGUUGGCCGAUCUGGAACUACCAACUAUACGGUGAAAGCGCCAUUGAACUUCACUCUGAAGGCCCCAGGACCAGGAUACAGUUGUGGAGUUGCUCAUGAGGUGAAGCCUCCUACAAAGUUCAUUUCUCAGGAUGGAAGGAGAACAACUCAAGCUCAUGUGACAGGGAACGUGACAUGUACAUAUUCACAAUUUGUUGCUCAGCGGGCUCCAACCUGUUGUGUUUCGCUCUCAUCAUUCUACAAUGAAACGAUAGUUAACUGCCCAAAAUGUUCAUGCGGCUGUCAGAACAAUAUUACCAGACCAGGAAGUUGUGUGGAGGGUAAUUCACCUUAUUUGGCUUCUGUCGUGAAUGGACCAGGCAAGAGCAGCAUGGCUCCUUUAGUACAAUGCACGCCCCAUAUGUGCCCAAUAAGAGUGCAUUGGCAUGUUAAGCUCAACUACAGGGAAUACUGGAGGGUGAAGAUCACGGUUACCAAUUGGAAUUACAGGAUGAACUACUCACAGUGGAACUUGGUAGUUCAACAUCCAAAUUUCGACAAAGUCACUACUGUUUUCAGCUUCAACUACAAGUCUCUGAACCCCUAUGGAGUAAUAAAUGAUACUGUAAUGCUGUGGGGUAUCAAGUACUACAAUGACUCGCUCAUGGUGGCUGGGCCAGAUGGAAAUGUGCAAUCUGAGCUUCUGUUCCGGAAGGACCCGUCGUCGUUCACUUUCGAGAAAGGGUGGGCAUUUCCAAGGCGGAUAUACUUCAACGGUGACAGCUGCGUCAUGCCUCCACCAGAUGUGUACCCAUGGCUACCUAACUCUUCUCCUGUACUGAAGGCAUCAUCCCUUGUUCGGUCCAUCGCGGUUUGGACAGCGUUGCUGUUCUUAUGGCUUCGUAUGUAGUGACUAUUGAAGGAUCAGCUGAUGUCUAGGCAACUGCCGGAACUGGCGAUCGUUGCAUUGCACAUUGGUCUGCUGACACAUGCUGAGUUUCUUGCAAGGAUGAUUCUGAUAUGCUAUUCUGCUUUGAUUAGGAUGUGAACUUGUGGUCCUGCAAGCUGGCUGUAGAUUCACAUUCUGUAUAUUCUACUAGUUCUGAAGGUUAUUUGAGGCAGCAUAACACUAUCUCCCAAGUGAAACCUUGUGUAUGUGACUGGGCAUUUAUCUAUCAUAUUGUUUCCGUC